AUGCCUAGUGUUGAUUCAUUCAACCUUUCCAGAGGAUCCUUGAAAGAUGCCUUCUCGUUGGCUAACCACGAUAAAGUGGAAGCACCUUUGACUUUCUUAGUCACCAAUAUCAAACCUGUUAUGGUUGAUAAUGAAGUUAAAAGAUAUAGAUUGAUUGUUACUGAUGGAAUAUAUUCUUGUCAAGGGUUGAUUGAAGAAGUCGCCAUGCCUUAUGUGAUUCAAAACUCAUUAAGUAGAUUCGCCAUUAUUAAAGUAUUGGGAUUCAAUGUGUUUGCAACUCAAAGAAAAUUAUUAUUUUUAAUUAAUGAAUUGGUUAUAGUUGGUCAAGCCGAUACUUAUCCUGAAUCAAAUGGUUUAAUCACCAUUGAUAAUUAUUUUAAAGAUCAUCCUGAAGAUGAUUAUUUAGUCAUCACUAAAAAUAAUCAACCAAACGCUAAUUUUAAUACUCCACCUGUUUCAGCUGGCACUGAAAGACAACAACAACAACAAGCACCACAACAACAAUCUUAUCAACAACCUCCAAGUUCUGGUAAUGAUGAAAAAGUGGUUCCUAUUGAUAAUAUCUCUCCUUAUAGAAAUUUCUGGACUAUUAAAGCAAGAGUAUCAUAUAAGGGAGAUCUUAGAACUUGGCAAAAUAAAAAUAAUGAAGGAAAAUUAUUCUCAGUUAAUUUCUUAGAUGAAUCAGAUGAAAUUAAAGCUUCAGCUUUUAAUGAUGAUGCUGAAAAUGCAUUUAAACUUUUAGAAGAAGGUAAAGUUUAUUUCAUUAGUAAUGCUAAAGUUAAAGCUAAGAAUCCAAAAUUCAAUCAUUUAGCUAAUCCUUAUGAAUUAGUCAUUGACAAAGGGACCAAGAUUGCUGAAUGUUAUGAUAAUUCAAAUGUUCCAAAAUUAUCCUUCAAAUUUGUUAAAUUAGAUAAAAUUGAAAAAUUAGAUCCAAAUUCAAUCAUUGAUGUUAUUGGAGCUUUGAAAACUGUCAAUGAACCAUUCCAAAUCACAGCCAGAUCAACGGGGAAACCAUUUGAUAGAAGAAAUGUCACUAUUGUUGAUGAAACUGGUUAUGCUAUUGAUGUAGGAUUAUGGAAUGCCACUGCUGUUGGGUUUAAUAUUCCUGAAGGAUCAGUUAUUGCAUUCAAGAGUUGUAAAGUUCAAGAUUUCAAUGGUAGAUCGUUAACUUUAACUCAAUCAGGAUCAAUAAUUCCAAAUCCAGAUGUGUCGGAAGCUUAUACUUUAAAAGGUUGGUAUGAUAAUGAAGGUAUUAAAGAAUCAUUUACGACUUUAAAAGUUGAAUCAACUGCUUCUUCAAGUUCAUUCAGUAAAAGAAUCACCAUUAAGGAUGCUGAAUCAGGUCUUUUAGGUCAAUCCGAUAAACCAGAUUAUUUCACCGUGAAAGCUUCUAUUAGUUAUACUAAACAUGAUACAUUCUGUUAUCCUGCUUGUAGUCAAAAAGUUCAAUAUUCAGCUGAUACCAAUAGACCUGCAUCUGAAUGUAAUAGAAAAUUAAUUGAACAACAACAUGAUGGAACUUGGAGAUGUGAAAGAUGUGAUAUCAAUGUCAAUGAACCAACAUACAGAUAUAUUUUCAAUUGUGCUAUUUUAGAUUCAACAAGUCAAAUUUGGAUAACUUUAUUCGAUGCUGAAGCUAAAAAAUUAUUAGGUAUGCCAGCUAGUGAAUUAUUAAAAUUAAAACAAAAGAAAGAUUAUGAUGAAAGUAAUACUGAAUUCCUUGAUACUUUUGCUAAUGUUACUUUCAAGCAAUUUAAUUUCAGAAUUAAAGCAAAACAAGAUACUUAUAAUGAUGCAGUUAGAGUAAGGUAUCAAUGUGUUGGAGUUGAUUUCCUUGAUUUCAAUGCUGAAGCUGAUUAUUUAUCUCAACAAUUGGAUUUAUUACUUAAAUAG